AAUCCUUGAGGGGCGCAUCGUCAUCACGGAGCUGUCAUGGCGGGAAAUUUAUCGUGAGGUUGUUUACAUUAUCCAAAAAUUGGCGUCUUUUAUUUUUGAUAUAUAUAAAUAAGGGGUAAUUGAUAAUACUCAAACAUGUCGGAACUAGAUGGACUUUCUCUGGAGGAAGAUGAAGAGGUUGAAACCAUGACAGCAGCUGAAGUACUUCAGAAGUUAGAGGAGGCAUGGUUGGAUGAGAAAUUUUCCCCCGACAUCCUGGAAGCAAAGACUGACCUCGUAGACUGCAUGUUGGAGCAGAUCACAGCUAUGGAGGAGAACAUCAGAUCAGCAAAGAAAGGAGAUUUUAAAGUCAGCAUUCAUAGAAUGGAGAUUGACAGAAUCCGAUACGUGCUCAGCAGUUACUUAAGAUUACGAUUGGAAAAGAUUGAGAAACACUCGGCAUAUGUCCUGCAAGCUGAAGCUAAGAGAAAGGAGGAAGAUGCGCCGUUGAUGUCACCUGGCGAAUAUGCUUUUGCAAAAGAGUUUCAGCAAGGGAUCGAAACACAUUUCAAGACUUUAUCCCUUAGACACAUGCCGGCCAACCUACAAACACUAACUCCUGCCCAGUCCAAUAUUCAGCCGAACCUUGACAGCUAUGUGUUCCUGCGAGUGAAUGAGAAUACAGAUGGAGUGCUAGUGGAAGAGGAGACGCUGGACACAGGAGAGGAAAUUGUUGACCUUCAGAAACAUGACCAGCACAUCAUGAGAUACAAAUCUAUAGCUUCUCUCGUCGCCACUGGAGCCGUCUCACUCAUAUGAGACACUGUGAGAUGUUUUGUUCUGACACCUGAGAAACACUGUGAUCACAUUUUGAGUCAUUUUCAGAUACAAGACAUUGUGAGACAUUUUGUUCACACAAGACAUUGUGAGACCUUUUGUUCACACAAGACACUGUGAGACAUUUUGGUCUGAUCAGAUGCUGAGACAUUUUGUUCACACAAGACAUUGUGAGCCCUUUUGUUCACACAAGACAUUGUGAGCCCUUUUGUUCACACAAGACACUGUGAGACAUUUUGGUCUGAUCAGAUGCUGAGACAUUUUGAAACAUCAUUCAAAUGGGACAAUGUGAGUCAUUUAGAUGAAACACAGAGGCUUCUUGUUCAGGAGAGACACUGACAGAAAUGUUUCCUUGGAGGUUACUGAUUAAGCAGAAUUAGGUUUUAGUUCCAUGAGUUGGUGAAAACAUCCUCGCUAUUCACAGGAGCAGUGGGGUAGCCUAGUGGUUAAAGCAUUUGCUCAUCACGCUGGGGGGUUCAGUUCAUCACAUGGGUACAGUGUGUGAAGCCCAUUUCUGGCGCUCUUUUCCGCCUCCUCCCCCUCACCCCCUCCUCCCUUCCUGCAGUUGCCCAAAUGGAAAAUGGAUCUGCACAGUUGACCAAAUGGAUCUGCACAGUUGACCAAAUGGAUCUGCAGAGUAGACCAAAUGGAUCUGCAGAUUUGACUAAAUGGAUCUGCAGACUUGACCAAAUGGAUAUGCAGAGUUGACUAAAUGGAUCUGCAGAGUUGACCAAAUGGAUCUGCAGAGUUGACUAAAUGGAUCUGCAGAGUAGACCAAAUGGAUCUGCAGAUUUGACUAAAUGGAUUUGCAGGUUUGAUUUAAUGGAUCUUCAGUGUUGACUAAUCAGUAAUUAUUUCAAUAUUUAAUGGUAUUCCAUUUUAGUAAAGUGACCAAAGAAGAUUCAAUCUUGACUUCUUGAACCUG